AUGAGCACGGCCACUGCGGAGGACUGGAGGAUUGGACAGCGACAGGCGCCUCAGGCGAGGGGCACCUAUUUCUUUGAUUCGAGCUUGCUCGAUACCUUCUCACAACCAACGAUCAUGGUCCAUCCCGUCGGCUCACUUGUUUUACACGACGCAGAGGGACGGCGAAGUAAAUACACCUUGCAGACUGACGGCAUUCUCCAUUUUACCAAGAUCUUGUCUUGUCACUUGCGCUCCCACGCACCAAGAAGGUCGCAAAUGUUACAUGGGGAAUCUAAUUCAUUUGCGUACGGCAUUAAAUGCCAAUACUGGUUUGCCGACCGAGCCGAUGAGGACGUCGGGCAAGCCGAGUUGCGUUCCUGGAUUUUCCUCCAAGAGCGGAACGGGCAGAAUGCCAAGGGCUGGAAAACGGACGAAGAGGCACAGAUGAGGGCCGUUGCGGAACAUCCGAGGAGGGAACAGGUAACCGUAUGUCAGCCAGGACUUCCGAUAUUGCCUUACAACCUCGUAUUCAAGGAGCACAUAUUACAAAGCAUAAGCGGGCUACGCCGCAACAACAUCUCGGCGCGUUUCCAAAACGGCGAGCCGUUUGAUGAAACGGAGACAAAAUCCCUGGCUGACAUGGGACCCCGGAUCCUCAACCCUGGCACCGUUCUGCCCUGGCUGAUCAUCUUCGUAAACCUGACGAAACAAUUGGGAGUCCCCAGUUCGAGAAGUACUGUUGAUCCGUGCCUCCCAGGCAGCCGGGUCUGGCACCUGUUCGGCGAUCUCAUAGGGAACCAGGGUCCAAACCCAGGCGGCAUGGAUGCCCACGGAUCAGGUGGCCAAGGCCAUCCCGCGUCGGCGAUCAUAGUGUACAUCGAAAUGUCAUCUAGUAUCGGGGAGUGCCGAGAAUGUCACAGCCAAUUUCCCCAAGUUGUUGGGGCCUCGCGGGACAGGGACAGGGACCAAGGGUCUGGUCGUCUCACCCAGAACGACAUUUCAACAUAG